GGAGCGCUGGGGCUGCGCGGGCGCCGCCGGCCUUAGGGCAGCGAGAGCGGCGCGGGGCGCGGCAGCGAGCCCCCGGCCCGUCCUCUCCUCCGGGCGGCCAGGAGGAAGCGCCGCGGGCAGGGACGGGAGAGCGGCACUGCCGGAGCGCGGGGAGGGGGACCGGCACCGCGGGGCCAGCCGCGCCGGCGGAGCCGGGGGGGAAAGAUGAGCUUGUUGUCAACCAUCGACACCAGCGCCGCGCCCGUGUACCAGCCCGCCCAGCUCCUCAACUGGGUCUAUCUCUCGCUGCAAGACACGCACCAGGCCAGCGCCUUCGAUGCCUUCCGACCCGAGCCCUCCUCGUCCCAGCACCCCGACCUCGGCUACACCAAGAGCACCCCGGAGCUGGGCUCCUCGCUCAGCUCCAGCUAUCUCAACAGCUUCUUCCAGCUCCAGCGGAGCGAGGCUCUGAGCAGCAGUCUCUACAAGAGUGCAUCACCUUAUGGCUCGCUUAAUAACAUUGUGGAUGGGUUAAGCUCCCUCACUGAGCAUUUCUCUGACCUAUCCCUUUCUUCAGAAGCCAGAAAACCCAGCAAGAGGCCACCUCCUAACUACCUGUGCCACCUCUGCUUUAACAAGGGACACUACAUCAAAGACUGCCCCCAGGCUCGUCCAAAAGGAGAAGGCCUGACACCAUACCAGGGCAAGAAACGCUGCUUUGGUGAAUAUAAGUGCCCCAAGUGCAAGAGAAAAUGGAUGAGUGGAAACUCCUGGGCUAACAUGGGACAAGAAUGUAUCAAGUGCCACAUUAAUGUUUAUCCUCACAAACAGAGACCCCUGGAAAAGCCGGAUGGCCUGGAUGUGUCAGACCAGAGCAAAGAACAUCCUCAGCAUCUGUGUGAGAAGUGCAAAGUUUUGGGCUACUACUGCCGCCGUGUGCAAUAAACCUUCAAAGUGGCCUCUUCCCAUCCCCAUCGUCCUGAGAGAUUCUCUGGCAGCAUGCGAUCAACAGCAGCACAACAGAUCAAGAUAAAAGCUAGAAUAAUUGCCAGUAUUGCCUAUCUAAUAAUAUGCCUUACCAUUAAUAGAAUGUAACAUUUCUCCUGUGCAUGUGCAUGCAUGCAAUAGGUAUUUACAGGACUAUGAUUUGUAUACAUAUAUAUGUAAAUUUAUAUAUGUACACACAUAAAGUGUUACUGAUGAUGUUCACAACAGAACUACAGUUACAGGUUCUGCUGAUUGUUUACACAGACCCUAUAUCACAGCCAGGUGAAAUGAAGUACUUUUCAAAAGGCAAGGAAUAAUAUUCACAAGGAAUAUUUGUUACAUGCAUGGCUUUUGCAGAGGUUCAGUAACUGUGGGGCCACUAAUUGUAAGCACUCACCCACAACACGAACGCUGUUCUUAUUAUAUGACAAGACAAAGGAAGAUGAAACAAGCCACAGCAUAAAAGAGGAAUUACUGCUUUCCCAGUUUUAGAAAGUCUUAAGAGUUUUGUGUUGCUGAUUUCUUGGACUUUUUUCUAUUUGUUACCAUCUCUUGGGCAGGGCUUAGGCAAAAUAAUUUUUGCAGGACAUGGAAAAAAAAGUGAAUAAUUGUUUGAGGGGUGUGGGUUGGGUAGGAAGGGAAUGCCAUAAGAUUCCAAGAGGUUUUUGGAAGAGAAAAAAUUGGCUUGCAUAUGCAACUACCAGAUCCUUCUCUUGUCAUAUAAUCCUACUGACAUGGCCCCUUCUAUGUGCAUGGUGUGUUCAUUAGGCCACAAGCACAUUAAAUUUACUAUGAAUAAGGGGAUAAGAAUACUUAAAACUGACCCCAAUACCCUUAACUGAAAGAUUAGCCAAACUUACUAUUUAUAGUAGUUUAAAAGCCACUUUCUGGAAAUAUUUUUAUGUCCUGUUUUCUACUAUAGAAAUUUGUUAUAAUAUGAAACACGUUAGCCAUAGGGGUGUUUUAAGGCAUGGAAAACACUCUAUAUAACUCUCUUUCUUUAUGUCUUCCUGAAGAAGACCUACAUACCUGGGGAGAAAUUUAGGAAUUAUAUUUCAUUGUCCCGUUUCAGGUAGAACUUUGCACAGGGACAGCCUGCUGCAAAGAACAUCUCAUCAGGGAUUGGCAAAUAUAAACUGAAAGUACCUCGAGACAGUAUCCUGUUUGUAUGUCUAUGUGAGAGUACAUUGGCAAAAGGACACAACAAGCAAUUCAUUUGUAGCAUUCACUAAAAAAAUUUUUUGUUUGAGAUUGGGGGGGUUUACAUCAGCAAUUUACAUUUUUAUGAAGUUUCCUUUAGGGAGAUUGAUUUGUGUGAAUGAUACUUAGAGAAAACACUUUAAAUCCUAAAUAACUUGAUGUGAACUAAAUGUGUUCUGAGGACUAAUUCUGUAAUGCAAAGACAAUGGGGGAUUUAUGCCAAGUGAUAGCAGGAUGUUACCGGUAUGUCAAGACAAGCUUUUAUAAAGUAGGAAACUUAUCAUGAGCAUUCACCUAGGGAACGUGAAGCUCCUGAUAAAUUUGCUGCAGGGUCAAACUCUUGCCAUUUCCCUGCUUUGCUAUAAGCAGGGCAAAAUUGUGUCUGCUUGUUUGGUGGGAGUGGCAUGUACAUAUCUUGCAAACUCCAUUAUUUAUGGGCAGCCCGAGUGACCCAGCCUGCUGGUCACAGCAAUGGAUAAGCAUCCUGACUCCUGGCUUCUGACCACAGCUCUCCCAUAGCUCCCUGAUUUUGGGCAAGUCACAAGAUCCUUCUGGACCUCAGUUUCCCCAACUGCAAAAAGGGGGUAAUAAUACUUUAGUAUACCUACCUCACAGGAGAGUUGUGAGGUUUACUUAAUAUCUCUUAAGUGUUUUGGCAUCACUGGAUGAAAAGUGCUAUGUAAUGCUAAAAUAGAAUUAACUAAAUUAAUCACUUGGAAACUACUUUUGCCCUGUUAGCAACUCAAACUAAAAUAGCUGAAAAUAAUAUUAUUGAAA